GGGUUGGCUUUCGCCUCGAACAAAUUGGACGGCGCUUCGGCGAGCAGCAGUCCCCAAAUCCAACCUAGAGGCAACUGGGAACUUUUCAAGCAACCGGGGAUCGCUGCUUUAGGAGAAACUACCGCCGCCCCCUCAAAAAAUCCCCCCUUACAACUCUUCUUUGGCUUUCCCUUGUGUCUUUUUUUAAAAUAUAUAUAUAUAUAUAUAUAUAUAUAUAUAUGUAUAUACACACAUAUAUAUAUAUUAAUUUCCCCUUUUUAUGCCCUAGUCGUUUUGGCUGAUCCCCUUUGCCCCCCUCAAAAAUAUAAUCUGCCUUGCAUCUCUCCUGUCGCGGAAGCUGCAAGGCAAAUCGCCACUCGGUGGGUUGUUGCAUAGCCGCCGCCUCCACCCCCUCCUUUUUCUUCUUCUCUUUCUCCCCCAUUUUUUUUGGGGGGGGUCCGGCGUCGUUCUCCUUCUGCCCCUCCAGGAAGGCGCCUGGUCCUCGCGCCACGAGGCUGGGGGGAGCCCCCCAAGGCCAUCCCUCCUCGCCGGCACCAUCCAGCCCGCCUGGUCUCGCCUGCCCGCCUUGCCCCGGAGCCACGGCCGCCGCCUUCCCGCGGGCCCUCCCCGUCGCCGCCCGCCGAUUCGGAUGCUCUAAGCCAAGACUCUGGGGCCUGUAUAUGGAAAUAGUGGGGUGCCGAGCCGAAGGAAACGCUUGCCCCUUCCGUCCCCCAGCCAUGCUUUUCCACGGCAUCUCCGGAGGCCACAUCCAAGGGAUCAUGGAGGAGAUGGAGAGGCGAUCCAAGACCGAGUCCCGCCUGGCCAAAGCCGGCCAGAUGAACGGCCGCGAAGCGAGCAUGCCCCCCCUGAGCCCCGAGAAGCCUGCGCUGUGCGCCGGGUGCGGAGGGAAGAUCUCCGACAGAUAUUACCUGCUGGCUGUGGACAAGCAAUGGCACCUCCGGUGUCUUAAGUGCUGUGAAUGUAAACUUGCUUUGGAGUCAGAACUCACCUGCUUUGCCAAGGACGGCAGCAUUUACUGCAAGGAGGAUUACUACAGAAGGUUCUCCGUGCAGCGCUGUGCCCGCUGCCACCUGGGCAUCUCGGCCUCGGAGAUGGUGAUGCGGGCCCGGGACUCGGUCUACCACCUGAGCUGCUUCACCUGCACCACGUGCAACAAGACACUGACGACGGGCGACCACUUCGGCAUGAAGGACAACGUCGUCUACUGCCGGGCGCACUUCGAGAGCCUCUUGCAGGGCGCCGAUCCCGCUUCCUACCCGCCCCCGCAGCUGAGCUACACCGAGCUGGCGGCCAAAGGCGGCGGCCUGGCGCUGCCUUACUUCAACGGUACCGGCACGGUCCAGAAGGGCCGACCCAGGAAGAGGAAGAGCCUGGCCCUGGGCGUCGACCUCGUCAGUUACAAUUCAGGUUGCAAUGAAAAUGAGGCCGACCAUCUGGACAGAGACCAGCAGCCUUAUCCCCCAUCUCAGAAGACCAAGCGCAUGCGCACUUCUUUCAAGCACCACCAGCUACGUACCAUGAAGUCCUACUUUGCUAUUAACCACAACCCAGAUGCCAAGGACCUCAAGCAGCUUGCCCAGAAGACAGGCCUAACUAAGAGAGUUCUGCAGGGAGAACAAAUCUUGGGGCAUUACAGCCAAACAUCCCGACGUUUGAAAAUUCCCUAAAGUAUUAAAAGAAGGGGAAAGUUUGAUCGGAUAUCCACUGCAGUGAAGACAAAGACAAUAUUAGGUUAUGAUAAACCAUACAUUUAAAAUUUAUUGAGCCAAAAAUAAUUUUUUAAAAAUAGACUCAAUGUCAUUUCCUGAAUGUUAACACAUCAUAUGUUAUUUGACGGUGUCUAACUAAAAAUCUGAAGGCUGUGUAUGGCAUCAGAGCAACCUGGCAGUACCACCCACUCCAAUAUGAGAAGAUUCUUCCUUUAAAUUUUUUUUAAAGAACUCACAUUUGUCAAGCAAAAAUCCCUGUAAAAUAAAAUCCAAAAAUUGAAUUUCAUUCAUCUUGCUUGCCAAUGUGUAUUAGUCAAAUAUGUUCAAUGGCAUUUUUGUAAAUUCAGAGAAGAACAUUCUCACUAAUUCAAGACAAUAGGGAUCAAGAUUAGUAUUCUUUGCUUUCUGACUUAAAAAAAUAAAAAUAAAGCAAUCUGCAUGCACUUUUUCAUACCUAGAGUGUACUUUUUCUGUAUGAUGCAUUUCGCUUUGAUGUUUCUUGUACAGUAGUUUCAUUAAUAAACAUUUUACUUGAUGCAAACCUAGUUGACACAAACAUAACUGUUGAAAUUAAUUUAAUUUUUUUUACAAAAAUGAUGCUACAAUACAUUCCCUCCCACAAAGAAAUAAAUAAAAAGUUUUAUAUAGCAAAUGAAGGUUGUUGCACAAUGUAAAAUUACUUCCUUGAAAUUCUUCCUGCUCCUCAUUUCCUUCUCGUUUCAUGCUCUUCUUCACAAUUCACAUAGAUAAUGAAUCUUCAUUAAGAAUUAAGAGCAUGAACCAGCCAAAUUGCACCUCACAUUUCUGUCAUUGAAAUCUAUGGGACUUCAGAAUGAUUCAUUUGGCUGGAUUGUACCCAAACAACUUUUAAAAAUAUAAAAUCCCCCCCCCCAGUUUAGGAGCCAGUGAGAUUUUCUAGGAGCCAGAGAGAACCAGGGGCUAGAGGGUGAGGUGCGGGUGGGGAGAUGCAUCCUGAUUUCUCACCAGUGUUUAAGGCGGCAAUAGCUAGUGGAUUUUUAUCCUCCUGCUAAAUUAUUUUACCCAUCAUUUUUAGGAAGGCUUAUACAGUACAAUAUGUAAUACCAUUAAUGGUAACUAAAUGAUCCCUAAUAAGUUUACAUUUUCACUAUGCAAUGUGGAAAAUCACUUAACAAUUAAAAAUAGUAAUAAUAAAAACAGAAGACCUGAUCUGGGGGCCAUCCAGUCCAUCGCUGAAUUUCAGCUACCAAAGUUAUGAUGCUUUCAAUACUACUUCAGAAAUGAGGGACUGGUAAUUGUUCAAAGGCAACCUCUCUUGCAGAAGAUGUUGAAGAACUAUAUUCCUCUUGAGCUGUACAUCCAAAGCAUAUGUUAAUUUGUUUUAACAGGCUUGCCAAAAACAAAAGAAGGAAAAAUAAUCCCUUUUCAUUUAAAAUGAAAUGUUAUUAUAUACAAAUGAACCCUAUGUAAACAAUGUAACUUUUAUGAAUAUGA